GCAAGAACUCACUUAGCGUUCAGUGAGCUGAACGCUUGUAGUACUGAAUGCACCCAUUGGUCAUGCUGGCUUCGCGUGUUCCGUUCUCCAUGGGCGACUUUAAGCACUCGACGUGGAAAAGUGCAAAUGGCGAUCAGUGAAAUAUCUCUCUCGUGCGCUCAUUCGCAAAUUAGUUACUGUGUUAGUGCAAGUGUCAUGUAGCUUGUGCUUAUACAGCUCAAUAGGUUAAUAUAAAGGCUGAGUACUGAAUCUUCACAAUGUCUUGUGGGUAUUCAAUUUGUCAGUAAUACUCAUGAAGAAAGUACAAUUGCAUUGAUUCAUCGAUCAUGGUUUACGCCUCUGAAAAGUCAAGUCUGGUGGCCUCCGUACAAGACAAGUGUUCAAUUUAAAAAAACACUGUUUACUGAAGAACAAGUAAACGAAAAUACAUGGGCAUUGUAUGACAUGAAACUUAUGUUUUUUACUUGUGAUGAAUUUGAUAAGGCCUUUAAAAAACUAAAAGAAUGUGAAGAAGUGUCUGAUUUACAAUCUACUGAAGUAGAAGAUGACGUACAAAGUAAGAAAAGAAAACGCAAACCAAAUUUAAAAUAUAUCAUAAGUAGUGAAGACGAAUACGAUGAAAACUGUGAUUCUCUACAGCUACUAGCAAAACUUGAUAAACCAGUACAAUUGAAAAAUGGACCUUGGAAAGUACAACGCAGGGAUUGUGUAUUACAAGAAAUACCUACUAGUUCUUCUGCAAGUUACACAAAUAACGAUGCAUCUAUAAUUGCUCCAACUAUUAACACUAGAACAAAAGUUACUAAUUCUACGCUUAUAAAUAAAAAUGAAAACAACAGUACAACAAACAUAACAAUACAUAACAGUACAACAAACAUAACAACAAUAAAAUUAUACGAAGCAGAUUGCAGAAAAAUGUACAGAAGUGUCAUUGCUUAAUAUAUGUGUUGUUCGCACUUUGAGUGAAUUAAAAGCAUGGCCUGUUAAUCUCAUUGACAGUAAAUGUAUUCUAUUGCCUUAUACUAACGAUAACAAUUGUCACGUAUGCUUACUAAUCGUACAUAGUUUGGACUAAUGUAUUAGUUCAAAUAUCCUCUAAUAUGAGUUUUUUUGUUAUAUUCCAUUUAAUUUACGAAAGUGUGAUAAUUGAAGAAAUUGUGAUUUUAGUUAUGCUGCCAAAGA